AUGGAGGAGACGGAGGCGGCAGCGUUGCGUGCUUCCAAGAGGGGCAGAUCUAUUCCGGUUGAUGACCAAGAAAAACCACCGGAGAGCGGCAGUCGCCUCGACGAUCCGCGGAGCCUUGAGGAUCUCAUCAGCAACCUCCCCGAUGCCAUGCUUGGUACCAUAAUUUCUCUCCUCCCCACUAAGGAUGGCAUGCGCAUACAGGUACUCUCCCACCGUUGGCUUCCCCUCUGGCGCUCCGCACCUCUCAACCUUGUGGCUGACCAUCACCUAGCAAACACCCCCGAUGUGGUCUUCAAGAUCCUAUCGGACCAUCAAGGUCCUGCUCGUUGCUUCUCGCUCCACCUCGCCAUCCUUGGAAGACGCAGGGGCGAGAUUGACGGAUGGCUCUACUCCCAAUCCCUUGAUAACCUCCAGGAGAUCCGGGUCACCAACAAGGCAGCGGCACAAUACAUACUGCCUUCGGCCAUGCUCCGUUUCGCGCCCACGCUCUGCAAAGGAAAGGUUGAUGUCAGCUUGACAACCAAAAUGCACACCAUGAAGAUUAUGUUUCUUGACUCUGUUGAUCCUAAAUUUGAUGAGGUUGUUGACUUCCUCCGGUGCUUCCCUUGCUUGGAGAGGUUGCAUGUCAGCUUAUACCCAGAAAAGGGUAUGGAUAAUUUGCGGAAAUAUGACCCAUGGGAUCUAGUUGAAUGCCUUGAGCUUCAUCUCAAGAAAGUGGUGCUAAGGAAUUAUAAUGGUAACAACAAGGCAGCUAUCGACUUUGCGAAGUUCCUUAUUUUGAAUGCAAAAGUUCUAAAGGAGAUGAAAAUUGAAGUCAUUAGCAACCGCAGUGACAAGCGUCUGCAAUAUCACCGUAGGCAGUUGCAAGUGGAGAACAGGGCUUCACAAGAUGCCCGUGUUGAACUCAAUAGUGUUGAAGUUGAUAUCUUGCUUGUUUACAAGCCUCAAGGUUGUAUUAAAUCAUAG